AUGAUAAGAUUUUUCAUAUUAUUAAGUCUGUUGAUUACAUUCGAUCCAUCGGCAAGUUGGUUCACAGGUGGAAGACGUCGGAGUAGUACAUGCCGAGAAUAUUUUGGGCAUGAAUCAACAAAUAAACUUCUUCUUGUCAGUCUCGAUCCGGUUAAAAGUGAUUUACGCGCUGAUUUCCGAUCGUAUAUACCAUCGUCAGCACCGACACCAUCCUAUAAGAAAAUCCGUUUUAUAAAUCAUUGUUGCUUUAUAUUUCCACCGACAAAAACUGUAUGGAGAACUGAUAUGGAAUUUUACGGUCGUCGAGAUCGUUUAAUGGAAAUUGGUGAACAUGGAAGUAAAAUUAAACAGAUAACAAUACCACCGGAUUUAAAUGAAAGAAAUAUUCUUCUUUAUACAAAAGAAAAUCGUCUUAUUUGGUCGACAUGUGCACAAUUAGAACAAAUAACAAAAAUUUCAUGUAGCUCAUUCUGGUUGAAAGGAUGUAUCGUACGAGAACAUGGACCAUAUACAUGGUAUUGCAAUACAACACAACAUAUUUCUUAUACAGAUGAUAUUCCAAGUAUUACUGCUUUACAAGGAGGUUCAGAUUUUAUGGAAUCACAUAGACCAAGUAUGAGAACCAGUUGCUAA